UCAGGGUUUCUGGGAUCGAUUAACGAGCUUGGCAACCCCAGCUCCUGAUGACAUAAAGCAGCUUGUACUGCUGGCCCACUUCAUUGCUGCGAGUGGAGCGACGAUUUUUUUAUUCAGCUCCUUCGUUUGACAACUGGCUUUUUGAAACAGCAGACCACGUCUCAAAUACGUUCACAAUGUCUGUGGAGGCUACAGGAACGAGGACGUUGGAGGAACAGGAGGAAAUUGAUGAUACGGUUGUUAGUCCGGAGAAAGCGGAAGAGGCCAAAUUAAAGGCCAGGUACGCCAGUCUUGGAGCCAAACCUGGUGGAUCAGAUUUUCUGAGGAAAAGACUUCAGAAAGGGCCAAAGUAUUUUGAUUCUGGCGACUACAACAUGGCCAAAGCAAAAAUGAAGAAUAAGCAGUUGCCAUCGGCCCUGUCGGAGAAGGCCGAGAUCACCGGUGGUCACAUCCCGACGCCUCAGGACCUCCCUCAGCGAAAGACUUCCAUUGUGGCAAGCAAACUUGCUGGCUGAUCACGCUGCUGUUUUUAUGCUUUAUUAUUCCUAGCACUGAGUCAAACCCACCUACCUGCUAUCUUUUCACCUUUUUAUUUUCCUUUUAAAUAAGUACAAACCACAUAUUAUGGAAAAAUAAGGUCUUCAGGUAGCCAAUAUAGAAGUCAGGUCCAGCAAGUUCAAAAUGCUCCUAAACAAGACUGAACCACCUGCUUGCUUCUACAUGAUAUCGCACUUGAAAAUAGAGAUGAUUGUUAGCGCUACCCUGUUACAAUAUUUUCCUUUUUUAAAAGUACAUGGCUCCAUACACGCCACAAUGUGAAAUUAGUAUGCAGAGGCUUAGUUGUUGCCAUCACAAAGAAUCUUUGCGUUUGUCUAUGCUCUUUCAAAGAGGUCAGCAACUAUUGGCCAAAAGUCCAUUUCAAAUUAUGUCCCUCCGUUGAAAUGCUCAUGUCAUCAUCUCUCUGUUCUAUUUUUUUGUCUUUAGUUUUAAAACAUGCUGUGUAUGAUGUCCGUAUGCUUUCACAGUACUCUUGACCUGAUUGCAUCCAGUCAAGGUUUUGAUGGGUUUCAUUGACCGUGGUCUGCAAAGACUUGAAUGAUGGGCUCCAUCUCAUCCAACCUCUCAAAUGGCCUUAAUUGAAGUGAACUGUUUUUCUUGAGCAAUAUUUGCUUGUCUUGAGUAAUGCCACUGUUUGACUUUGUUUUGGAUUUUAUUGAAGGAAACGCCCUUUUUGUAUGGGGUGUGCAUGUUGUCACACUGUGCCAUUUGUUUUGUAAAUAAAAGACUUUUUGCAUAAUA